UGCUCUUACCAAGAACAAUGGCAACGUUAGUGAAUUUACACCAAUAAUAUUCGGUGUGACACAGCUCUAUGUUACAGAGAUUUCAAUUGGUUGAAACCUCGCGCCGGAAAGAAAACCCUUUUAGCGUAUCGGGUCGAGCUUGCUUUGAGGAACAGACUGGACAAUUUUCACGUUUGAAGGACUGAAGUGGAGAUUUGGUGACUUUGGAGUGGACAAAUAGGAGUAGGACCACCGUCAGACCAACGUUUUAUCGACCGCAAAACAACAGAGCAGAUAGCCAAGGGCGUUUGGACCAGCAGAAAGUAUGCGAACUUCUCUGUUCGCAUUUGGAACUGUCGGCUACUUCAUGUGUGUUUUGCGUUUAAUGUUCGUUACGCGGAUAAACUGUGGAGGAAAACUUAAACUUGAUUGAUUUGUAUUUAUUUUGAAAAGUCACCAUGUUGGGGGAUGAGGGGAUCUAUGCGGCGAAGAAGAGGAAGAAACCCGUCCAGAAAAGUCUGAAGCCUGCUCCAGGGGACGGUGUGGUGAUGACCAACCCGUCUAAACGUCACCGGGACCGUCUGAACGGGGAGCUGGACCGGCUGACUGGCCUUCUGCCCUUCUCCGAAGAGGUCAGGGGUCGGCUGGACAAACUGUCCGUCCUCCGGCUCAGUGUGGGAUACCUCAAGGUCAAGAGCUUCUUCCAUGCGACCCUCCAGAAGAAGACUGAGUGUCCGGCCGCCCUCGUCAGGGGGAACGGGAGGAACGGAUGGACAUCCACUUCUAUAGAUGGAGUCAGCCUCUCAGAGGGAAACCUACUGCUGCAGGCCCUGAAUGGUUUUGUCCUGGUGGUCACCACUGAUGGCUCCGUCUUCUACGCCUCUCCAACCAUCCAGGACUACCUGGGCUUCCAUCAGUCUGAUGUGGUGCACCAGAGUGUGUACGACCUGAUCCACAUAGAUGACAGAGCCAUGUUCCGGUGUCAGCUUCACGUCGCCCUCAACCCCAACCAGAACAACUCAGAGGCCGGACCAGACGCCAGGCAAUCUAGCAGCAGGCCUCAUGGUGAGUCUAUGAGCUACCUGCCCCAGCACAUCCCUCCAGACAACAGCUUCUUCCGAGAGAGAAGCUUCUGCUGUCGCUUCCGCUGUCUGCUAGAUAACACCUCCGGCUUCCUGGCGUUGAAGUUCCAGGGGCGUCUGAAGUAUGUGUGUGGUCAGGGGAGGCUGGGGGAUGACGGGGCCAUGACCCCCGCUCAGCUGGCCCUCCUUGCCAUCGCUGCGCCCCUGCAGCCCCUGGCUGUCAUGGAGAUCAGGACCAAGACUCUCAUCUUCCAGACCAAACACAGACUGGACUUCGCCCCCAUGGGUAUAGACACCAGAGGUAAAGUGGUGCUGGGUUACUCUGAGACAGAGUUGGUCACUAGAGGCUCAGGUUACCAGUUCAUCCAUGCUGCUGACAUGAUGUACUGCGCAGACAACCACCUCAAAAUGAUAAAAACAGGAGAGACUGGUUUCACAAUUUUUAGGCUGCUGACUAAGGCAGGUGUGUGGAUGUGGGUUCAGGCCAACGCCAGGGUCGUCUUCAAGGCAGGGAGACCCGACUUCAUCGUCGUUCGACAGAAAGCCCUGACGAACCAGGAGGGCGAUGAGCACCUGCGUCAGCGGAGAAUAGAGCUUCCCUUCAACUUUGCCACUGGGGAGGCUCUGCUGUAUGAGUCCUGUUCCUCUCUGGAUACUGCCGUUAUGCCUCCAGGACCACCCAUCCCCCCAGGCCUCACUCCCCCAGGCUCCAGCCCUGAGGACACGCACCUGGACCCUGCCUCUCUCCUGGGGUCCCUACUCUGUCAAGACCGCUCUGUUUACACUCAGCCCCAGGACCCUAGCCUGGACCUCCAGGACCUUUCCCCGGUCUUAGACCUAGCCUUCCCCCAGGACCAGGACCCAGGCCUGGAGAGAGCCUUCCUGGACAGCCACGCUCUGCUGAGUGUCCCCGGGGAGCUCCAGGGUCCCCAUAGGCCCAGCUUGGUAGACCCCACAGCCCAAACCAUGAUGGACUCUCUAGGGGAGAUCCUGGGGAAGAUGGGGGCGGAGGGCCUGGAGGGGCUGAGGUUGAAGGAGACAGAGCUGAGGGAGUGGGAGAGCACCCUCUUCAGGAUCAACAUGGAACAGCAGGAUGUGACGGGGAAGCUGGAUGAUAUCUUGGCCAAUGAUGUGUUCUCGUACGUGGAGGAGGCUCUGAUGAGGGAGAAUGAUGGUGGAUGUGUGAUAGGCAGCUUGAGACAGGCCACUGAGCCAAUAAACAGACUCCCUGCUCACAACACUGCCAAUCCGAACACACUGGGCGUGUUCCCUCACUCCCAGAGUUCCUUAUUGCCAGGCAACAGGGGCUUCAAUGGUGGGAACGGCUCACACAGUGAGAACCGAUGGCAGAUGGGUGGUCCACACAUGACCUCUAAACUCAACAGCUAUGAAGAGCAGAGGCUGCUGGGUAAUGGAGUUGUUAGUGGCGUGGAGCACGGGGUGGGGUGUAGUCCUGGGAUUGUUAGAGAGCCACGCAGCGUUGUAAACACAAACAUACUACCCAAGGCUGCUCACACGUUUGCAGGGCAACAGACUCAAGGAAGUGGUGGAUAUCUCCAUGGCAACCGAACGGUCCCACAACCAUCCCAUAUUAACAACCAACCGGAGUCCUGGAUACCCUCCAUCCAAAAUAUUAGCCUUAAUAACCACAGCCCUGUUCCUCUCCCAAACUUCUACAAUAUUCUCCCUGAGGCCUUUGACCAAACCAUGCAGCCCAGCCUGGAGUUAUACCACUCUGGGACUGGAGAUGCAAAAAGGCAGUUCUCAGGGCAGCCCUGUCCGGGUCCUUCAUAUCAGGACCCAAGGCAGUCUUGGCAACAGCCACGGCAAAGUACACAAUGGCAACCUUGGCAGAUACCACAGUGUUUUCCAGCAAAGCCAGUAAAUGUACUCCAUCACACACACCCCAAACACACCACACACAUACCUUCCAAUAACGCAUCCAGAACUCAAACACUCACACACACACCCUCAGGCAACUGUAUGUUUGAAAAAGGGCCUUCAAAUAUCAGUGGCCUGACACCUGCUCAAAACAGGUCACACGGUCCCAUACCUGCCCCAACUCAGUCCAAUGGACCCAGACCCACUCCCAUUCUUUCCAAUGACUGUAGAAUCAGCUUCUCUACCCAGGCCCCCAAAUUCUUUGUGCCUUACCCUGAAGCAUCUCUAAUCCCAAGACCUUCUUACCCCCAAACCUCCAUUCCUAACCCAACCUACCCCACAGCUGCCAUCCCUAACCCCAUCCCUGCCCUAUCCAAAGGGGCUCAGCCAGGGGAGGGCAUGGCAGCUCUCCCUGCCUGGUCUGGGGCUCCAUACCUGGGCAUGAAGCAUCUCCCAGGAAUGUGACCUACAAUGACCCUCCAAUGUGAUGUGUGUCUUCAUCUGUCCCUCCAUAGGUCCCUAGCAGUUCCAAACGGUGAUGCAGAUUAUUUUCUCUUCACUGGCCUGGCUAACAGAACCACCAACAUCUCCUAGACUCUAGAACUUAGAGGAAUACAACAAACCAUCUCCACCGUGGCACCAGCAACAUCUCCUGGAGGAAUACAACAAACCAUCUCCACUGUGGCACCACCAACAUCUCCUGGAGGAAUACAACAAACCAUCUCCACCGUGACACCACCAACAUCUCCUGGAGGAAUACAACAAACCAUCUCCACCGUGGCACCAGCAACAUCUCCUGGAGGAAUACAACAAACCAUCUCCACCGUGGCACCACCAACAUCUCCUGGAGGAAUACAACAAACCAUCUCCACCGUGACACCACUAAUAUCUCCUGGAGGAAUACAACAAACCAUCUCCACCGUGGCACCAGCAACAUCUCCUGGAGGAAUACAACAAACCAUCUCCACCGUGGCACCACCAACAUCUCCUGGAGGAAUACAACAAACCAUCUCCACCGUGGCACCAGCAACAUCUCCUGGAGGAAUACAACAAACCAUCUCCACUGUGGCACCACCAACAUCUCCUGGAGGAAUACAACAAACCAUCUCCACCGUGACACCACCAACAUCUCCUGGAGGAAUACAACAAACCAUCUCCACCGUGGCACCACCAAUAUCUCCUGGAGGAAUACAACAAACCAUCUCCACCGUGGCACCAGCAACAUCUCCUGGAGGAAUACAACAAACCAUCUCCACUGUGGCACCACCAACAUCUCCUGGAGGAAUACAACAAACCAUCUCCACCGUGACACCACCAACAUCUCCUGGAGGAAUACAACAAACCAUCUCCACCGUGGCACCACCAAUAUCUCCUGGAGGAAUACAACAAACCAUCUCCACUGUGGCACCAGCAAUAUCUCCUGGAGGAAUACAACAAACCAUCUCCACCGUGGCACCACCAAUAUCUCCUGGAGGAAUACAACAAACCAUCUCCACUGUGGCACCAGCAACAUCUCCUGGAGGAAUACAACAAACCAUCUCCACCGUGGCACCAGCAACAUCUCCUGGAGGAA